GAUUUGGUGAAAACAUCUCACUGGUCAGAAAGAUGGGGUAAUCCAUUUGUGGGUUACAUAAUGAGAUCAAUGAUUAAAUGAUAGGGUUUGAACCUAUGUUGAGGAGAUAGUUGGUGAUAAAACAGAAAAAGCUGAUUGGCAAGUUGCAGGUUGUGCACAGGUUACCCCUCUGUAAUGUAACAACAGGUAGAUCUGGUUGGGAAAUCACCGCAGAUGAGCUCAUAUUUCAUCUCGUUUUGAGGGAAUUGGACACAUUUGUGACAAGAAUGGCAUCACCUAAACUCAAGUACAAGAAAAAACUAUUCAUGGGACACGAAGGAUUAAUUGGGAGCCAAGAUCAAUGGAUUUCACAAGCAACUGGCUUGGAGUCAGAACAGAAGUUACUUCAUUUGUGCUGAUCAGAGAGAACAAAGACGUUUCCUAGAAAACUGUGAUCUGUCAGAGGGGCGGCAGGUGGUUUCUGUAAUGAUGAUUUAGCAAAGGUGUCUCAGGGGUGUAAAGGUUAAGGAACCUGUCUGCACUGCUGCCCAGAGGUAAACAAAUGUGCUAGCCUUGAGUAAAGUCCGGUUGGGAUCACACACACCGAGAGAAUAGACUGGACUGCCUGAGAGAUCUCUGCAGAAACCAAAACUGACAAAAAAUUAGAAAACACCCCUGAUUCAGUGCAUCAGGUCUAGGCUGUGAUAUCAUGGAUCUUCUCCACAGCUGGGGGGUUGAACUGGCCGUCCAUCUGCAGACCAAAUACAGCAAGUAUGAGAGCUUGUUUAGCCUUGCGUCCACAGUGGCCGAUCUGCACACCACCUUCUUCUGUUGGUUCCCAAUCUGGUUCCACCUGCGGAGGGACACGGGGCUCAGGCUCAUCUGGGUGGCCGUCAUCGGAGACUGGCUCAACCUGGUCCUGAAAUGGGUUCUUUUUGGGGAAAGACCGUAUUGGUGGGUUCAUGAGACCCGUUUUUAUGGAGCAGGACGGGCCCCUUCUCUGAAGCAGUUCCCCAUCACAUGUGAGACUGGACCAGGAAGUCCUUCAGGUCACGCUAUGGGUGCAGCAGGGGUCUGGUAUGUGAUGGUAACAGCAUUACUCGCUGUUGCGAAGGAGAAAAAAUGUCCUCCGUUACUACACAAAUUCUUGCAAAUAAACUUGUGGACACUAAUGGGCCUGGUAGAGCUGGUGGUCUGCUUGUCCAGGGUCUACAUGGCUGCACACUUCCCACACCAAGUUAUUGCUGGAGUUAUCACAGGUGUAUUAGUAGCUGAGGCUGUCUCCAGGGUGAAUUGGAUCUACAGUGCCAGCAUGAAGAAAUACUUCUUCAUUACUCUCUUCUUGACCUCCUUCGCUGUGGGCUUCUACCUCCUGCUCAAGGCUCUGGGCGUUGACCUGCUGUGGACCAUGGAGAAAGCCCAGAAAUGGUGCAUCAGACCUGAGUGGGUCCAUAUGAACACAACUCCUUUUGCCAGCCUCCUGCGUAACAUGGGCACCCUGUUCGGCCUGGGCCUUGGUCUGCACUCCCCACUCUACAGCAGCACCAAGAAGAAGAACACAAGUACCACUUUCAAGAUGGGAUGUAUUUUUGUCUCCUUAUUGUUGCUGCAGCUGUUGGAUGGAUGGACAUUUUCCUCUGAAAACCAAAUGACUUUCUAUUGCCUGUCUUUCGGCAAAAGUGCGGUUGCUAUUUUAAUUCCCACCGCCCUGGUGCCAUGGGCUCUCUGCUGGAUUUGCAAGGAAAAGAGAGAAGACAAGAACUUGUGAUUUAGGACCAACUUCUUGUUAAGGGUUGAUCAUCAGUUCAAUUUUUCUGUAUAUAUUUUAUGAUUAUUUUCUGCCACAUUUAAGACACUAAGACAUGUAGGACAAUGUCACUGACGUUAUUGUGUUCGCCUGGAAGUUUCUGAAAAAGUUUGACAUUUUGGAAAAUAAACUUUGCUUUCUUGGUGAGAGCUAGAUGAGAAGAUAGAUACUAUUCUUACAUCUAUGCACAGAGUAUAAAAGCUCCAGCCAACAGCUGUUUAUCUUAGCUUAGCAUAAACAUUGGAAAUGGAUGGAAACAGCUUGCCUAGCUCCGUCUGCAAGCAACAAAAUAGGCCUACCAGCACCUCUCAAGCUCUCAUGUCAACAUGUUAUGUUUUGUCUGUUUAAUCUUUACAAAAGUGCCGGUGUAAAAAUUACAGUUUAAGCUUUGAAGGGGUUUCCUGUAAAACCACAAAUUCACUUCUGUUUUUGUUAAUUAUUGAGCUUUAAGGUGGUAGUCGGUUUAGUUUGUUAGCCUUGGGACAAACUAAGCUAGCUGUCACCUGGCUCAUACAUACUCAUACGUGAAGUGCAUAUUCAGUAAUAUCAAACAUCUUCUUUAAAAGUGUACAUUUACAAAUUUUAAUGUUUUUUAACUGUUGAAACCUGUUAGAUAAAACUUGUUCAUUUUUUUCUGCUUUCAAAUAUUUGUUUAGGAUGACCUUUUUCUAAAAGAAGAUAAAGGCCCUUUUACUUUGCUUCUUCAGUGUAAACAUGAGACUACACAUGUAAAUUAAUAUUUUUAUAUAUAUAUGUAGGCAGCACUUCAGGGAACAAAAGUGCUUUUAUAGCUCAAUGAUGAAUAAAUGAUCGAAGGAAAAUAGCUGUUUGCAGUUUGAAUAAAAAACGUUUUUAUAACCAUCUUCUUUCUUUCUUUAAAGAGGAGUGCUUAUUUUAGAAAAGCUGCACUGCCUGCAAGCUUUCUCAGAAUAUCUCAUACUGAUACUGAUUAAUUCUUUGGCAGGAACAACCAAAUUAAAAAUUAACUAGAGCACGCUCCAUUCACUCUGCAGUCCCACAUAGUGACACUGCCUGUCACCACGGCCACGAGCUUUCAAAGGAGACAUGGAGGGUCAAGGGGCAGUAUGCAAUACAGACAACACGUGUGUCCCAUGAGGCUUUAAAAGUGAUACAUUGUUCAGGCGACAUAUCAAAGGACCUUCAGAUGGGUGGUACUGAGAUCAUCAAACUCUGCUAAUUAGAUUAUAAACCUAUUUAGUCACCCAAAUUCCCUAAAGUAGUGAUUAAAAACUACGAGAAGUAUGUGC